UUUAGGUUUGUUCAAGUUUUAUGAUUAUUUGACCUGUUCAAGUGACACACACAGUGUGAUGAGCUCUAAUAAUUCRUUAAUUGUUAUUUAAUGACACUUUUGUAAGUAAAUAAUAAUGAUAAUUACCCUAAUCAAAUUGUUCAACAUUUUUAUUGUCUAACAAUGGGUCUUAACAGUGUGACACAAGCCGUCCUUUUUACAAGUCUUGUAACGGCCAUUACCGUUUUCAGUUCCUACUUGUACCAGAAAUGGAAACAAGUCAAAAUACCCUCGAAUUGGGAACGAAUCGGAAGCGUGAAAAAACUUCAUUUGUAUCCACUUAAAAGCGGACAUCGAGUCGAAUUACAAAGAGCCGAAGUGACAAAAGUCGGACUCAGACAGACCAAAGAAGACGUAAAGUUUUUCCAGCUAAGAGACAGGGUGUUGAUAGUUUAUGGAACCAAAGAUCAUGAAUUUCGCACUGCUCGCACCUACCCCAAAAUGGUCCUUAUUGAUGUUUCGGUGCACGAUGAAGAUCAUUUUGCCAUAGAUGCCCCCACAAUGAGGACACUCUACGUUAAAAUACCCAACCGAAAAGACAACACCGUUACUAAAGUCAAGUGUUGGUACAACGAAUACAUUGAAGCGAUCGAUUGUGGGGAUGAGGCUGCUGAUUGGUUUUCUAAAUACACAAACGAGCGCGAUUUUAGCUUAAGACUGGGCUACAACGAUGGGAAUCAACAACGCGACAUUACUAAAAGUCAUUAUAAACUUCUCAAUUACUACAAGAAUUUAAGCAACAAAUCGACUGGUUUGUUUGCAGACUUGGCGAGUGUCACUCUCAUCAAUCAACACUCGGUUCAUGAUUUAAAUAAACGAAUUGGUAACAAUUCGAAUGUCACUGUUGAAAAUUUCAGACAUAAUAUUAUCAUUGAUGGCCUUGAUUUGCAACCUUAUGAUGAAGACAAUUGGGAUUGGAUAAAAGUUGGUGAUAAUGUUAUAAUGAGAAAUGUUAAAGAUUGCACAAGAUGUCUCCUUACUACUAUUUCGUCUGAAAACGGAAUUAGGGAUAUUAAUAGACAACCUUUGAAAACAUUGGAAACAUAUCGGAAACACUCCGGACCUGAAAACGGACCUAUAUUGGGAACGUAUUUGGAAGUGGCAAAAACUGGACUUAUUAAUGUAGGCGAUCACGUAUAUAUUGCCAGGAAAUAGGAAAAUCAAUUAAGGACGUCUAGAUCUAUGUGUAGAAGGAGAACAAGAUUACAUAGUUUUUGGUCAUACAUUUCAUCCGUGUAUUCAGAAUACAUCAAAUUAAGCUUGUUAUUAUCUAUUACUAAGACGUGAUAGCUCCUACGCUCUCAACCCGUGUAAAAAAACUCUGGUGUGAACAUCACACGACUUUCCUUAUCCUACUUAUUUUGGAAAAAAUCUUUACGAUAAUAUAAUAAUAAUUUAGUCUUGGAAAUCUGAGUAGCAAACCUAACGUUUGCAUUAGUGCCACCUGCCAGAUUACACACGAAAUAGAUCAUAGUUGUCGCGGGUUCGAGUCUGGGGUGCAUUUUUUUUAGUUUGCUACCCAUUAUUAUUUUUAUUUUAUCACAUUUUACUGUUUAAUAAGGUAUAUUUAAUAUAUUUCAAUAAUUUUUACCCCCAUGAAUUUAUUAUUGUAUCUAUUCAAUCUUCUUCGCGCUUUCCAAAUGUGAUAACUGACAGAUUUCAAAAUUGUCUGUUGGAAAAUCAAAUGAUAAAAAGACGGUAAUAAAAGUGAUUUAGAAGUGCAAAAGGUGUAUGCAUACGACUUAAGAAAAUAUUUUAAAGUGUUUCUAAAAAGUGAGGUUAGCUAAGUAACAUCGAUCAUGACGCGUUCUGCUUAAAAUGACAUUUUUGUUUGUACUUGUUAUUUAUUUAUUUGAAAUAAAAGUGUUUUCUUUUU